AUGCCAAAUGGAUAUAGGAUAUUUUGCUUGUAUCCUUCGCCCCCCUCAUCAAAUCCUGAAGCCGGAUUAUCUCUAGACUCGGUUUGUGACUCACCAGGACUCGCCCUUCCUCUGCCGGCACCUGUUCCUUUGGUGGCGGCUCUUGCCCGAGCCGCUGUGCCAGCGUCUGUUUGUGACUCACCAAUACUUCCAGACAUUGAAACGACACCUACCCCUUCAUCAGCAGCUCCCGCACAAGCUGCAGUACUGGCAUCCUCCACUCCGCCAUUUGCGAAUUGGUCUUCUAAGCUCCUGCUGGGCUGGCACUUUUCUGGUUCCACAGUGAAGUCAGUGGGAGAGUUUGACAGGCUGGUGGAGAUACUAUCACAUCCAGAAUUUGAUUUGAAAGAACUCUUGGGUGUCUCCUUCACUUGCGAGACAAAAAGAUUGGCCAAACAUUUAGCGAAUCCUGAGAGUAAAUUGCAAAACCAAGAUGGCUGGCAUUGUGCCUCAGUUGAUAUCCGCCUUCCCCCUGUCGGCAAACAGACUGUGAAACCUGAGAGCGAAUCUCUGGUGUUUAUGGUCAGUGGCAUCUACCAUAGACGCCUGGUCGACAUCAUCCAGGCCACCUACGCUGCUCCAGUAUCUCACACAUUCCAUAUGACACUGUUCCGCCAAUACUGGCGCCCCACUUCUGAUGCUCCACCUAUCUUGUUGUAUUCAGAGGUCUAUUCAUCACCAGGCAUGAUCGAGGCGCACCUAGAAAUCACAAGCAUGCCACGGAUGGGACUGGACAACACUCAUGAGCGCAUCGUAGCGCCGCUGAUGGUUUGGUCCGACUCUACCCACCUGGCCAGCUUCGGCACAGCUUCAUUAUUGCUGUUUUAUCUCCUGUUUGGCUCACAGUCAAAAUAUACACGCGCAAGGCCAACAUCGAAGUCAGCACAUCAUCUGGCAUAUAUCCCCACUAUACCCGACACAAUCCAGGAGGCCUACAUGAAGGUCUUCGGAAAGGCAGCCACGUCAGCAAUGCUCAGGCACUGCAAACGUGACCUGAUCCAUGCAAUUUGGUUGCUAUUACUCGAUGCCAAUUUCAUGGAAGCUUAUGAGCAUGGUAUGCUCAUUAAGUGUGGGGAUGGCAUUGUCCGUCGCAUCUUCCCCUGGUUUCUGACCUAUUCUGCCGAUUAUCCUGAGAAGGUUCUGCUUGCAAGCAUUCGCUCACUCGCAAAAUGCUUGUGCCCACGAUGUCUGGUGGAAAAAAACCAGGUGUACAAAAUAGGCUCCAAGCUUGAUAUGCGUCUGCACAAGAAGAUGGCACGCCAAGAUGACGCCCCACGCCGACAUGCUGUGGAAGUUGCACGCAAGAUUAUUUACAAACAAGGCUAUGGCAUUGAGAGCACAGCUGUCGAUGCACUCCUCGCUGAUAAGUCAUGGGUGCCCACCUGGGUUAGUCAAUUGUAUUGCACACCGGACCGGGUCACUAAUCUACGCAUUGAUACAUGGCAGAAUGCAUUUUCGAUGAAGCUAUCCAAGUAUGGAUUUAACUUCUACGACCUAUUUGUUGUCGACCUCCUGCAUGAGUUUGAGCUAGGGGUUUGGAAAGCCAUUUUUACUCAUCUGCUGCGCAUCCUAUGGGCCGCUGCAGGGACAAAAUACAGGAAUUGA